CUUGUGCUGGUAGCGUAGCGUUUAGCUAGCCUCUGCAAGAUGGCGGCGUACACAUCUUCAUAGCGCUUUUCUUUUUCUCCUAAAGACAUUUAACCCAAAAACGCUUUUUCGCUUGCUAUACGGAGAUUUAAAAAAAAAAUGCGCAGGAGGCCAUCUGCAUGUGACGCUUUGUAGUUGGAGUUACUUUCCUUCGUUUCGCCGGUAAUUGGCGUUUGCUCAGCCGCCGGUGUCUGUCUAUUUAUUUUCUUCUCGUGAUGAAAAGCGUCUUUUACCGCUAAAAUGGCGGUUCGCGUAGAUUUGAGCGGCUAACAUGCUAACCGGCCGACAUUUUUUUUCAUACUCUAUACGUUUGAUUUCCGACGCGCAUAAACGCUAAUAUUUACUAUAACCGAGUGAGUCUUUUGGUAUAUUUUGGAGAGCAUUUAGCCAAAAAAUUAAAUAAAUAAACGCGUGGAAGUCGAACCCAUUUCGGUGACCUAGUUAGCUUGCGCGAAGCUACAGAGUACUAGCGGGCUAAUCCAGUUAGCACAGAGCUUUUGACACACGAAUGCUGUUGGAAUCCCAACUAAAAUCAGCGCUGUGCGUGGGAUUUGUGUCUCGCUAGAGAAGUGGACAUGGCUUCUUCAGGGACCUCGGUUCUGCAGCCGCGCUGGAAGAGGGUUUUGGGCUGGUCUGGCCCGGUUCCUCGCCCGAGACACGGACACCGAGCUGUGGCCAUUAAAGAGCUGAUGGUGGUGUUCGGCGGAGGGAAUGAAGGCAUUGUGGACGAGCUGCACGUCUAUAAUACAGCCACCAAUCAAUGGUUUAUUCCUGCUGUCCGGGGUGACAUUCCUCCCGGCUGUGCUGCAUAUGGAUUUGUGUGCGACAGCACCAGACUCCUUGUGUUCGGGGGCAUGGUUGAGUAUGGAAAGUAUAGCAACGAUCUUUAUGAACUACAGGCCAGUAGAUGGGAGUGGAAACGUUUGAAGCCCAAAGCCCCCAAGAAUGGCCCACCACCAUGUCCUCGUCUGGGCCACAGCUUUUCCCUGGUUGGAAACAAAUGUUAUUUGUUUGGUGGACUGGCAAAUGACAGUGAAGAUCCCAAAAACAAUAUUCCCAGAUACCUGAAUGACCUUUACACUCUCGAGCUACGCCCGGGGUCUAACGUAGCAGGCUGGGACAUCCCCAUUACAUACGGUGUGCUUCCCCCUCCUCGGGAGAGCCACACUGCUGUUGUCUACACUGAGAAAACGUCCAAAAAGUCUCGUCUAAUCAUCUAUGGCGGCAUGAGUGGUUGCCGUCUUGGGGACCUCUGGACUUUAGACAUAGAUACUUUAACCUGGAACAAACCUGCCGUAAGUGGUGCGGCACCUUUGCCCCGCAGUCUCCACUCUGCCACCACUAUAACCAACAAGAUGUUUGUGUUUGGUGGAUGGGUUCCUCUGGUCAUGGAUGAUGUCAAAGUGGCGACACACGAGAAGGAAUGGAAGUGCACAAACACGCUGGCUUGCUUAAAUCUAGACUCAAUGUCCUGGGAAACCAUCUUGAUGGACACGCUCGAGGAUAAUAUCCCAAGGGCCAGAGCCGGACACUGCACUGUGGCUAUAAACAAUAGGCUGUUCGUCUGGAGUGGAAGAGACGGCUACCGCAAAGCCUGGAACAACCAAGUUUGCUGCAAAGAUCUGUGGUAUUUGGAAACGGAUCGUCCUCAGCCUCCGUCACGUGUGCAGCUGGUCCGUGCCAACACCAACUCUCUGGAGGUGAGCUGGGGGGCAGUGCCUACCGCUGACACUUACCUGCUGCAGCUGCAGAAAUAUGACAUCCCUGCUGCAACAGCUGCCACAUCGCCAACGGUCAACCCAACCCCGUCUUUACCCAUCAACUCACCUAAGAGUCCGGCGCCUGCCGCUGCUGCUCAUGCAGCUCAGAGUCUGCCCCUCUCUGGGGUCACAAUGGUGCCACAAGUUCCUUCCCCCACCACCGCCAUGCCAAGCAGCCCGCUUGCAGCCUCACUUCGUGGACCAGCUAUUCUCAAAGUGGCAGCGCCUCAUUCCACACUUGGGACGUCAGUCGUUACUGUGCGUCAGGCCACUCCUGGAGGAAAAUCCCCAGUCACGGUUACAUCACUUCCUGCAGGUGUCCGCAUGGUUGUCCCUGCACAGAGCACCCAGGGGACGCCAAUCGGCAGCAGUCCUCAGAUGAGUGGCAUGGCUGCUUUGGCUGCAGCUGCAGCUGCCACACAGAAGAUCCCGCCCUCUUCCACGACCACUGUGCUAAAUGUUCCAGCUGGAGCCACCAUCAUGAAAACCAUCGCUAUGACUCCUGGAUCCACAACUCUGCCAGCUACUGUCAAAGUAGCUUCACCUAUAAUGGUUACUAAUCCCGCAACCCGAAUGCUGAAAACGGCUGCAGCUCAGGUCGGCACUUCCGCCAUCUCUACUCCUAACACUCCGAAUCGGCCGAUCAUCACUGUGCACAAAUCAGGCACCGUAACCGUAGCCCAGCAAGCUCAGGUCGUCACCACCAUGGUCGGAGGAGUCACCAAAACUAUAACCCUUGUUAAGAGCCCCAUUACAAUGGGUGGCAGCGGUCCUCUGAUCUCCAGCCUUGGGAAGAUGAUGUCUGUUGUCCAAACCAAACCAGUACAAACCUCUGCGGUCACCAGGCAGGCUGGAAGCAGUCCUGUUACUCUAAUACAAACAAAAACUCCUCUGCCUGCUGGUACCAUCCUGAAACUGGUCACAUCUGCUGAUGGCAAGCCCACCACAAUCAUUACAACUUCACAGGCAGGAGGGGCUGGCACCAAACCCACUAUUCUGGGCAUCAGCACUGUCUCUCCAACUACCGCCAACAAACCAGGAACCACCAUUAUUAAAACCAUUCCCAUGUCUGCUAUCCAACAAGGAGCAACAGGUCUGACUAGCAGCCCUGGCGUCAAGUCCCCCAUCCAAAUUUUCACCACUAAGGUUGUUACUCCUGGCACGGGUACUCCAGGGAAAAUCAUAACAGCUGUGCCAAAACUGACAGGUGCAGGACAACAGGGGGUCACACAGGUGGUCCUGAAGGGGGCGCCAGGGCAGCCCGGCACUAUCCUGCGCACUGUGCCUAUGGGUGGAGUGCGUCUGGUUUCACCAGGCACUGUGUCUGCUGGCAAACCAACUGUUACCACACUGGUUGUCAAAGGCACCACGGGAGUCACAACUCUGGGUACAGUAAGUGGUACUGUAUCGACUAGUGUGGCAGGGGCCAAUGUGGCAAGCGCUAACGCCAGCCUGGUGACUCCAGUCACCACACUUGCCUCCAUCUCCACAUUGUCCAGCCAGGUGAUCAGUCCCUCAGCCAUCACUGUAUCUGCUGCCCAGACCAACGUCGCCACCGCUACAAUAUCAGCAGCACAACCUACUCAAGUAACCCUGAUCACGACUCCAAGUGGUGCUGAGGCCCAGCCCGCACAGGAUCUUCCUGUCUCCAUCCUGGCCUCUCCCACCUCAGAGCAGCCGUCCACCACAGGUGCUGAUGCUGGUGACGGCGCUGGCGAUGGUGCUACCACCGUGACACUGGUCUGCUCCAACCCUCCGUGUGAGACACAUGAGACCGGAACAACCAACACUGCGACGACGGCUUCUGCCAAAAUGGGCACCGAACAGAUUUGUUCCAACCCUCCCUGUGAGACACACGUGACGGGCACCACCAACACGGCAACCACGGCCUCUGCGAACAUGGGCAGAGCACAGCAGGUGUGCACCAACCCACCCUCAGAAACCCAUGACACGGGCACCACCAACACAGCCACCACUGCCAGCUGCGACAUGGGAUCUAAAGAGAUGGGAACCGUGAACAGCAAGACGCCGUCGUCUUCACCAGGUACGUCUUCAGCUUCUGGUUCAGAACCAGCAACACCCGUCUCAGAGAGCAGUGCUGGACCGGGCACCAUGCAGCCGGAGGGUCUCUGCCCGGGCACCACCAACACAGCCACCACUGCCAGCUGCGACAUGGGAUCUAAAGAGAUGGGAACCGUGAACAGCAAGACGCCGUCGUCUUCACCAGGUACGUCUUCAGCUUCUGGUUCAGAACCAGCAACACCCGUCUCAGAGAGCAGUGCUGGACCGGGCACCAUGCGGCCGGAGGGUCUCCGCACGGGGACCACCAACACCUCCACUACCGCCCGCUCAAACAUGGGCUCCGACCAGACGGGAACGGUGCAGAGCUCCGACAAGAGCCAGGCCGCCAUCUCCUCUGCGUUGAUGCCUGUUUGCUCCAACUCUUCCAGCGAAACGAACGAGGCGGGCACCACAAGCACUUCACCUGUGUCUGGUGACGUCCAGCAGGUCUGCUCAAAUCCUCCCUGUGAGACACACGAGACGGGCACGACCAAUACGGCUACGCAGUCGAGCUCUAGUAUGGGCAGUGGGAAAACCAAUGUUGUGCAGAGGGUGUGUUCCAAUCCGCCCUGUGAAACCCACGAAACGGGUACCACAAACACGCCGACCCAGGCCUCAUCUUCUAUUGGUGCUGGACAGAAUGGCACUGUUCAAAUGGUGUGUUCCAAUCCACCCUGUGAAACCCACGAAACUGGUACCACCAACACGCCAACUCAGGCCUCGUCUUCUAUUGGUGCUGGACAGAACGGUGCUGUGCAGAGGGUGUGCUCCAAUCCGCCCUGUGAAACCCACGAAACGGGUACCACCAACACGCCAACUCAGGCCUCGUCUUCAAUCGGUGCUGGACAGAAUGGUGCUGUGCAGAGGGUGUGUUCCAAUCCGCCCUGUGAAACUCACGAGACCGGCACCACCAACACAGCCACGACAGCAACAAGCAGCUUAGAAACUGGAGAAGUAACAGCCCAGCAGGCCGGUGAUGGACAGAGUGACAGCGGCACCAGCUCAGAACCCUCAUCAUCUACAGAACCAGCCAAUCCCACAACACAAAGCAGAGCCAUCACAACAGUAACACAGGCCACGCCCACUCCAGGACCAUCAGUACCGGAGAUUUCAUCCAUGGCUGGAUCUGCGGUAGUGGCUGAGGUCCCAGGAGAGGCCGAGGCCAUGGAGCAGACCAGCGCUGAGGCCGUGGCAGCGGGAGAAGAGCCCAUGCAGACCGAGUGUCAGGGAGAGCUGGGUGAAGAGGGAGCCAUUAGGGUUGUUGCCAUAGAUGAAAGUGCAGCCGGUGAGAAGGGCACCAUGCUACAGGUUCAUGUCGUCAUGGAAGCACAGCCAGGUCAAGGAGAUCAGGCUGAGCAGAUGGAGGCCGGUGUGGAGGGCGCAGAAACGAUGAGUCUCGCCGCUCAAGAUUCAGAAGCCCUCGCUCUGCCCCAGGAGCUGAUGUCUGCAGAAGGACAGCAAACCACCCUCAUGGUGACCGGACUGACUCCAGAGGAGCUGGCUGUGACAGCAGCGGCUGAGGCUGCAGCACAGGCUGCGGCUACAGAAGAAGCGCAGGCCCUUGCCAUCCAGGCUGUCCUACAGGCGGCUCAGCAGGCUGUGCUCAGUGAGGGAGACGCAGGUCACGGCGGGCAGCAGUCCACCACCAUCCCUAUAGUGUUGACUCCGCAGGAGCUCGCUGCUCUGGUUCAGCAGCAGCAGCAGCUCCAGGAGGCGCAAGCGGCCGCAGCCCAGCAGUUAGCUGCUGAAGCAGCCGCAGCUGCACUGCCCACCGAAGGCUUGGCACCAGCAGACAGUCUCAACGACCCAGCAUCUGAGAGCAACGGCCACGAGAUGACAAGUGCUGUUGCGGUAGCUGUGGCCCGUCUCCUUCCACGUACUUCUGCAGCGACUCUAGCCCCAUCAAUUACUUUUGCACCAUCUCAGCCGAUGGUGGUCGCCAGUCCAGCCAAGAUGCAAGCGGCCACUGCUUUAGCUGAGGUGGCCAAUGGGAUUGAAUCAGCAGCUGGGAAGCAAGAAGCUCCUCCAACCGUUGUAAAGCCACCAGUGAAGAAAGAGAAUCAGUGGUUUGACGCUGGAAUCGUUAAGGUCACAAACAUGGUUGUCACGCACUAUUAUGUGCCAGCAGAUGAUUCAGCAGUUACUGAUGAUGAUUCUGGCGCAAUCCCAGACUACAGCCAAAUGAAAAAGAUCGAGCUUUCUCCCGGCACUGCAUACAAGUUUCGCGUGGCCGGUAUCAACGCGUGCGGCCGCGGGACGUUCUCCGAGGUCUCUGCGUUUAAGACCUGCUUGCCUGGCUUCCCUGGAGCCCCGUGUGCCAUCAAAAUCAGCAAGAGCCCCGAUGGUGCUCACCUGACCUGGGAGCCUCCUUCAGUGACGUCGGGGAAGAUCAUUGAGUAUUCGGUGUAUCUGGCCAUCCAGAGCUCACAAACAGUCGAGGCUAAAGCGUCUUCUCCAGCUCAGCUUGCCUUUAUGCGGGUGUACUGUGGGCCCAACCCGUCCUGCCUAGUGCAGUCAUCUAGUCUCUCCAACGCCCACAUCGACUACACCACCAAACCCGCCAUCAUCUUCCGCAUCGCCGCACGCAACGAGAAGGGCUACGGCCCUGCAACACAAGUCAGGUGGCUACAAGAAACCAGUAAAGAUGGCUCUGCGGCCAAACCUGCAGCAAAGAGGCCGGUCUCGUCACCUGAUAUGAAAGGCGCUGGUCCAAAGAAGGCCAGACCUGACCAGUGAGAGCUCACCGUGACCCUUAACCCCACCCUGUUUAUGAGCUGAACCAUGACUGAACUCCACCUCCUGCUUCCACUUCUCACCCCAUUCCAUCCUCUGCAAUGAUCCGGAAGGAAACUGCAACCAAAAAUAGGAAACCUCGAUAGGAAAACCUUUCCGUUUCCGUUUUUGAGAAAUCCGCUCCCAUCACUGGACAUGUUGGUGCCAUGGACGCCUAAUUUCCAACAGUAUUUUUUUUAAAAACCAUAAAUGUUCCUCCUCCGAAGCACAUACAUUUGCUUUUCCUGACAAUUUUGUGUAAAGAGAUUCCGACAGCAGUGUUCAAUCUAGUUAUAACUGUAUUAUAAGAUACUCACUCUUUGUUUUCCUCCCUUGAUAUUCAUUUAUUUUUAAGCUUAUUUCAAUACAAGCAAUAGAUAACAGAAAAAUCACUUUGCUCUUCUCAGUUUGUUGAUGUUUUCAUUAUUUGGGCAAGUCUGUAUAUUUCAACCGCGUGCUGAAAGGAGACGGAGAUAUGGAGGAGGGAGUGCGGACGGCGAAACGAAGCAGGGGAAACGCAUCGAAAUCAAAUGAAAACGGACAGCACUUGGUGAUGCUUGUGAGGGAAAAGACUCGGUUCGUUUGGAGAAUCCGUAAUUAUUCAUUCACUUCGAGUUCAGUAGCCUGUUUUGCAUCACUGUGUGUUCAUACAUUUGCUGUGAGGGUCAAUUGAGGACCGCAACGCUGAAGACUAAAAGGACUUCGAUCCAUGUAGAUGAAAAGCAUACUACUUGUGCAUUGCAUCAACUAGAUCUUGUAUAAAGAGAGAGAAAAUCCCCAAAAUAGUAAAUGGUGAUACAGGAGUUCUUUGUGUGUGGUUUAUUUUUGAAUUUUUUUUUUUUUUUUUUU